CUUUCUACCACAAUGCAAAGUGUCAUAAUUUCAGAGACUCAUCUUGCACAUUGAACAGCAUUUUGAUCAGUCAACAGAAAGGAUGAAGUGCACCACCCUAUUUCUCGUCUUGUCCAUGGUUGUCCUGAUGGCUCAACCUGGAGAGUGCUUUCUUGGACUGAUUAUUAAGGGAAUUAGUACUGCUGUUCACCAUAUUCGAGGCCUAAUACAUAGACAUGGAAAAGUUGCAGAGGACGAAGCUGACCAACAACUGAAGCAGCAGCAAUUAGACAAACGACAAUAUGACCAACAGUAUCUGGACCAGCAGGAUCUGGAUCAGAAGGAUCUAGACCAACAGGAUCUUGACAAGCAGGACCUGGACCAGCAGGACCUGGACCUGCAGGAUCUGGACCAACAGGAUCUGGACCAACAGGAUCUGGACCAACAGGAUCUGGACCGGCAGCAACAGGACCAAGAAGAGCAAGACAAACAGCAGAUGUACAAACGCCACUAAAUAGGUCAUUCCAGAGUUGCUUUCAUUCUUGCCUUAAAAAUAGUUCAAGUAUCAGUAAACUUGAUUUUGUUAUUACAUCUGCUCUGAAUGCAUUGCAUUUGUGAUUGGGCACUUCUGCACAGUGAAAAUCAAAUAAUAAAGCUUUACAGCUUCUGCAAA